UUUUGAAAUAAAUAUAUAUUGUGAAAUUAGAGAUUUUUAAUCAAAUCAAAAGCUUUAAGACCUUCAAUUACUUAAUAAGAAACAGUAUUUUUGAUCUUUCAGAUCUUUAGAAUUGAAGUACUAUGUUGGAUUAAAAGCAGGACUAGGAAACUAAUUCAACCUUGAACAAGACCUAGGUCUAGGCAUAAUUGUAAGUAGUUUCAUGAUUAUGAGCCCCACUGUACUUGAACUUACAUUCUUGAAAUCAAUAUACUUUUCCCGGCCGUAUUCACUGUGCAUGUUUUGAAAUAAAAUACUUGUUUACUUUGUGAGAAAAAUAGCCAGGCUGCGGCCUAGAUAUACGAGACAUUCCAUUCACUCACAUUUCCUUCAAAGUUAUGUCUGUUUGCAAUUUUGAUAAACAACUCAGUAGUUAUGCGUACAUGACUCUGAUAUGACACGUUAUCAAUCAUCUCCGUGGAUAAUCCAUUUAAUUUUGAUCCUUAUUAUUUCCAUUGCAUCUGGUCAGAAUUAUUGUGAUCCGGCGCUCUGUCCAAGUGGUCGUCAUGUGGCAUGCCAGAGCAGCGGACGCUUUGUCAGCGGCUGCAGAGGUGAAUUUGUGCAAAUAGAUCCACACAUCCCGCUGAUUCUUCAGCUGCACAAUGAGCGAAGAAAUUUGAUUGCCGGCGGCGGAGUGAGCGGCUUUCCCAGUGCCGUUCAAAUGGGCACGAUGAGCUGGGAUUCUACGCUGGCCCAACUGGCUGCCUAUAAUGCGUUGCAGUGCCGGAUGGCACACGACGAGUGCCGCAACACCAAUACGUACCGCUAUGCGGGACAAAACCUGAGCAUACUUUUCACCCGGAGUGUGGAUGUGGCGGACUUCCUGCGCCAGCGAAUUGCAGCUUGGUACGAUGAGAAUCGAGAUGCCACUAGCGCCGAUAUGGAGAAUUACCAGAUGCGUGGCGGACCGGCUAUUGGACACUUUACGACCAUGGUGAACGAGCGUAACAACCGAAUUGGCUGUGCAAUCGCAAGAUUUACGGAUGCUAAUAACGUGCAGGCCACUCUGCUGGUCUGCAAUUACGCGGUCACCAAUGUUGUGAAUAACCCCAUCUAUAGAGCGGGAUCUGCGGCUUCAGAGUGUACCACAGGCCGGAAUUCUAACUAUCCUAACCUCUGCUCCUCGAACGAAGUCUACAACUACAACCAGUGGUCUGGAUAAGAGAAUUAAUGUUAUUUAA